UAGCGAGGGUCGGAAUAAUUGUUGUUUAGCAUCUUGAGGGCUCCCCUCCCAGCGGGGUGGUGAUUAAGGGGGGAAUUAAAAAAAAGUCAAUACUCCGAACAGCGAUGGUGGCUGGGGUGCGCCGAUCUGGCAGAGGGUGGUGGGUGUCGGUUCUACCUGCCACAGCUGCGGCGAUCACGAAGUCCGUCCUGGGCUACAUUCGGUUAGACCUGGAUGCGCUGAGGACCAUUAGUAAGCCCGACGUGCGGGCAGCCACAACUCCAGCGAAGGACCGGGCAGAAGAAAACUCGACCAAGAGGAAAACGCCCUGGGCAUUCCAGAGCUGA